AUGCACGUUCUCACGUCCGCUGCAUUGGUCCCGACAAAGGUUGAAAUCAACAUCGACAUGCGAUCGCUAUUAGCUGGUGCUGCGACUAUUGCCUCACUCGCCACUCCGGCGUUGAGUUGGGGAGCUGCUGGACACGAGAUCACCGCGACUAUUGCGCAAAUGCAUCUUCUCCCAUCCGCACAAGACGAGAUAUGCAAGAUUCUACCCGCCAACUUCAACUGUCGAUUAUCUGGUAUUGCCGCCUGGGCUGACAAGAUAAGGGGGUUGCCCCAGUUCAGGUGGACUUCGGGCUGCACUAUGUCAAUCCAAGCGAUGAUUGGCCACCCCAGAAAUGCACCUUUGGCGGUCAGGAUGGAAAACGGAUCAGAACAUUCUGAACGGUCUGGUCAAUGUCACCAGGGGUGUCGAAACGCUCCAAGGCGUGACUAUGCCCUCCGGUUCCUCGUCCACUUCAUGGGCGAUAUCCAUAUGCCAUUGCACCUUACCGGGCGUGAUAAAGGAGGCAACGAAGGCAAGGCGUUCCAACUAGCGAGACCAGCACUUGAGCUAACUUUAUCCCAUUUAGACCGAGUUCGUUAUGACGGACGUAUUACGAAUUUACACUCUCUAUGGGACGGCCGUCUUAUUGCGCAGAGAAUUCGUACUUUGCCGAAUUAUACCAUCCCACUUCCUACUCAUCCCACACCAUCUUUCCCUCCCGAGGCGAUUGAGCGAAACCGUCAAAUCGAGUCGGUUCUACAUGGCGCCAUCUAUGACCCCUAUGUUCGCUGGAUUGUGCUAGAAGGUAUCUACGGCUGGUGGACAGAUGAGCUUGAGGAGUGGACUACAUGCCCUCAAUUCGACUUGACUUCCAAGAAACCGGUCAUCCCAGUAAAUCCUACAUCAUUCGGUGGUUUGGUCGAACCAGAAGAGGAGAGGAAAUUUGUUAUUCGAGGCUCUCGCCGAGGCCAAACCGUCUUGGCCCCCAAAGAACACGCUUUUGGCCUUCCAUUCGAGGAUCCGAGCGACGUUCCGGUCUGCCCUUAUCACUGGUCCGCCCCUAUUCACAAGCUGAACUGUGAUUUUAUCUGGCCGGCGAAUCUAACUAGCCCCCACGACCCCAAGCACCCUGGGCCUACUCCAGCCAAGGACCUUAUCGAGCUGGAUACCCCUGAGUAUGCUGGACGAAUCCGCAAAGACAAGGUUAUUGAGAAGCUGAUGGCUCUCGGUGGGCUCCGCCUAGCUGGUGUGUUAAACGAGCUUUUGGGAAGCGAGGAGGAAUUGAAGAAAUAUGGCGCUCGUCCCUUCCUCGUCUAA